UUUUUGACAUAAUUUUUCAACAACUUUUACUUGAUAAAAAAAUAUUUUUUUCUUCCUAACAUUUACUACAUUAUUAAAACAAAUAAAAGCACCAACCGGUAAUUGUCAAUUCUUAUAUAUUAUUUUCUCUUUUUUCUCUUUUUUGUUUCUUCUACUAUUUUUAAUAAAUUAAUGUUGGUUAUGUUUAUUCGUCUCUCAAUUUUUCACAAGUAUUUUCUUUUAUUUUUCUCUAAAUUAAUUUUUAUUUUAUUUUUUUAACAAAAAAUUCUGCCUGUAAGUGUUCGUCCUUCUCUUAAAAAAAUUUUUUUUCAGUUUUAACAUUCCUUGUUCUCUCUCUCUUGUUUUAUUUAUUUUUAUUUAUUAGUUGGUUUAGUAUGGUUGUUUGUCACACAAAUAUUUUUUCUUUCCAAAUUUUCCUUUUUUUCUUUCCUUUUUUUAAAUUUAUUUGGUAACUGGUACUGACCGGAACGUCUCAAAAACAAGGAAUUAUAUUACGCAUGCUUUUUUUUUAAAUAUUUUUGAUUUUUUGAACUUUACGUCAUUUACAUUUAGGCCAUGGAUGAGCCAACACCAAUUCAACGACAAGCAAUACCUAUUGGUUUACAAAAUCGUGAUAUUAUAGGUGUUGCAGAAACUGGUUCAGGAAAAACUGCAGCAUUUUUAAUUCCUUUAUUGUGUUGGAUAACAACAGUACCAAAAAAACAAGCAGCGCCAAUUAUUUCACUAGAUGAAGGAACAGAAUAUGAACAGGGGCCAUAUGCAAUUAUUCUUGCUCCAACAAGAGAAUUGGCACAACAAAUUGAAAUUGAAACACAUAAAUUUGGUGAUCGUUUGGGUAUUAGAACAGUCUCAGUUAUUGGUGGAGCAUCUCGAGAAGAUCAAGGAAUUCGAAUGAGAAUGGGUGUUGAUAUUGUUAUUGCAACACCUGGUCGACUUGUUGACGUUCUCGAAAACAGGUAUAUGUCAUUAAAUUUAUGCUCUUAUGUAAUUAUGGACGAGGCAGAUAAAAUGCUUGAUAUGGGAUUUGAACCUGAUGUUACCCGAAUUUUGGAAUUUAUUCCUGUAACAAAUUUGAAACCUGACACCGAAGAAGCUGAAGAUGAAAAUAAAUUACUGGAAAAUUAUACUUCAAAAAAGAAAUAUAGACAGGUUUUUUUAAACUUUUUUUUUGGAUGGGAGGGUGAUUUUAAGUAACUUUAAUCCCUGACCACGAACAACCCAGGAAUGUAACGGGUAGGAUAUGUAAAAGUAGCGUAAGAUUUCGGAUAAGGGUUUUGAAUUUUUUGUAUCGUAAAAUUGUCUGGGUUUCGGAUUUCUUUUAAUUCGCUUUAGAGCAUGAACGUGUUGAGUGAGGUAUU